GGCUACAUAUAUUUAAUUUCUCUCUUAUUAUAGCUAGCGCUCAUCAUCAGCCAGCCAAACAUGGCAUACUCUCCCCCCCUGCAACCACUUGCUCUGCCUUCUUUCAUUCUCAUUCUCUUCUUCCUCGCCCGUUUCUCCAAUGCCCAAAAUUAUGAUGAGUAUCUGCAGGUGGACAUGACCAACAAUCCUCCAGCAAGCAGCCCUCUACCUCCAGCAAUCGGUAUUUUUUUAAACUUUUUACCUAGUACUUUAUUUAUAUAAAAUUACAUGAUUAAAAAAGAGGAGGUUCCAAUGACAUUAACCCCCCAUGUCAUCCUAUGACGUGGGUCCUGUUUGGAGUCUAUACGAUGAUUCGUUUAAAAAAUUGAUGGUUCUUGGUAAAUCUUCACUCGUCUUGACCCGAACUCACCCCUCCCCCGUUAAUUGCACCCAACAAGAUGUAGUUGACUUUGAAGUCAAAAUUUAACUCCAAAGUCAAUUACAUCUUGUGGAUACAAUUGACGGGGGAGGGGGUGGGUUCGGGUCAAGAUGAGGUGGGAGGUUUACUUGGAGGUAAUUAAGAGGGGAUAUGAAUCAUCAAUUUUUUUAGAUGAGGCACUCUUGGGACUUCAGGACAUCGAUUUUUAAUGUCAUUGAGAAUCGUGGUGGAUUAAAAAUGAUGCAUGGAAAGUUAUCUAAUUACUUGUAUUUGGUUAGGUUCUUUUGAUAUUGAUAAACAAUGUCAUAUUAUGACAUCGGUUUAAUUAAGACACUUUUAGUGCGUGCUUUGCUUAAAAAAAUUAAUGGUUCCUAUUCUUUAAACCUCUAGCUCGGCCCGUUCCUAACGGACCACUACACUUCUCGAAUUACAAUUUCCAAAAUUUGUUGGUUUUGGAGUCAAAAUUGGACACUGGACUAGGGAAUAAAAAUCAUUGAUUUUAGGAAGGACCGAUGUCAUAUUAUAACACUCAAUGGUACUAUGCAUUGUAAUGAGAAAUUAAUGCNGAUGGAGCUUGUGGCGUAAGGUGCGGAAAGUCAAAGAGACCAAACCUGUGCAAGAGGGCUUGCGGGAGCUGCUGCGCCACGUGUCACUGCGUGCCACCUGGAACUUCUGGAAAUUACGAGUCUUGCCCCUGCUAUUCCACUCUCACAACCCACAACAACGUCCGUAAAUGCCCUUAAUUAAUAAUUACUGUGUUGUUUUACUACGCGGUAAUUGUCGUCCCGCCAAUUCUGAAGCAUGCACCCAGCAGUACUCUAAGAAGAAUGAAUGAAUGAAUGAUGUUUAUUUUUUGUUUUUGUUUUCAGUAAUUCAGCAGCAGCAGCCAUUUUCUUGAUUUGGGAAUCUUCAAUGGAGACGCCAUCUUCAACUAGAUCACACCCAUCGUUUGCCGCUUCAAGAAUUGCAGAGAGAUUCGAAGACUCGGAGAAGAAAGGUGGGAACCCAAGAAACGGGCACGAACACGAAAGAUCGGCACUUUUUGAUAUUACGAACGAUUCUCCCAUUGUGGGGUUGGCUAUGGGGAGUCUGGAGACGCCCACGCCAAGAAAGAGAGCAGUCAAAAUCCAUUCUCAGUCGAAGCAGAUGGGCAGAACAACCCCUGGGUCCGGGGAGACAUUGUUGAGGGGACAAGUCAAGAACUUGUUGCAGAAGGUUGAGGAAGAAGAAGGAGAACACCUCUCUAAACUCGCUGCCAAUCGCUAUUCUCCGACCCAGCAGUUGACAUUUGAGUGCAAGAAAGACGACGAAGAAGAAGAAAUUGAAACAGGGAUAGACAUGGGGGUCAAAAGGUCUCUGUUCUUGGACUUUUCGGAGAAAUUGGAUUCGUAUGAAUACAUGGAGAAUGGUGAUGAUGAUGAUGAUGAUAAUGGCGGAAGAUCGGUUGAAGAACUGUGUGAAGGAAUGGGGAAGAUGAGUGUGAGGGGAGGGAGGAGGGCAAAAUGGUCCGGAAAGCACACGCGGUUUGUGUACGACAGCGACGGCGAGCUAGAGGGAGUGGCGGAGGUGGUGGCAGACACGGCGGCGGAAGGAGGAGCCGCGAAGGAGAUUUAUUGCAUUUGAAGGGUUUUUUUGGCAACACAAAAGGGAACGCAUCUCCGUUUCCAGGAAGAUGUCAACUGAUCCCAACCUAAUCAAGGUUGUUUUGGUCAUUUUUCAUGUUAGGUUGGUUUUCAGCUUAACACCUAAUUUGCUUUUAUUUUUGAUUAAUAUCCACUCAAAUUUUAUGACUUAAAGAAAAUGUUUGUUUUAUG